AUGGUCGACGGACGUGUAAAUGUUGUCGGAGAUGCGACAUUGAAACGUCUGCCAUGCGACGAUCCUGGCUUUUCAGGCCUGCCUAGCGUGAAGGAAAGUAUUGUCCUAAAAGGUUUCGUGACUCCGGCCUCCGACAGCGUGUAUGCUCCUGGGCAAGUGAUCCCGGAUGAACAAAACCUGCACCUAUUCAAAGGUAUAAAUACCGCCUAUUAUCAUCGCAAGGAGGGCAGAAAACAACUCGCCCGACUCAGCCCAAUAGCCUCUACCCGCCUCUUCAGCCAAACCCAAACAUUCCAAAUGGACAGCUUCACAAUCUCCCCUGCUACUCUUGCCGCCGCCGAGAGCAACUUCACUGCCCCUGCCAAAGUUGCCAAGAGCUUCAAGUCGUCGAUCAUCCCGCUCUGCCUCACCCAGUAG